UUGAACGAAUCGUUCACUCACGAGCCAACACUACAAAGCAGGCGGAACAGGCGGACCUACCUCGAGCAGUUUGAUAACGUCGACAUGGCAGCUGUCACCGAUGUGAGUGAAAAUACGAAGCCAUUUUUGUUUAUUUCAGUCCGAAUCAGAGGUCUUCGAGAUCACGGAUUUCACCACUGCGUCUGAGUGGGAAAGGUAUUAUAUACUGCCUUGUUUGUGUCCAGGGUUGAAGAAGUCCUAAAUGAAUGGAAGCUAACUGGAAACUCAACAGGGAUGUCCCCUAAAAAGAGUAAUUAUUCAAGUGGCACUUGGGAGGAGAAUUCUCAGGAGAUUAAUUUUGUAGAUUUUAAAUUUUCCAUAACUCACUAUGCAUUGGUGCAAGAGCAUGAGAACAACACAAAUACUGAAUUGGAAGAAGCUCCCUUUCCUUUCGCAAUGCAGGAGCUUUUGUGCACCAAUAAUGACUUUCCUCCUCGAGCCCACUGCUUGGUCAGAUGGUACGGGAUAAGAGAGUUUGUUGUCAUAUCCCCAGGAGCCAAUGUUGAGGCUAUCAUCAGCGAGUCCAAAGGCAAUUUGCUUCUAAGCUCCAUCUCAAUUUGUCUGGUCAACAGUGGCUGCCAAGUCCCCAUAUUUGUACAGAUCCAGCAAAAGUGGAGGCGACUAUAUUUUGGUGAAUGCCAGGGACAGGGUGUCCACACUGAAUUUGAGAUGGUACACCUUCGUAGAGUACCAAGUCAGUACAACCACCUGUCUGGCCUUCUUGACAUUUUCAAAUCAAAGACAGGCUACACCAUCUACCCAUUGCCUCCUAUCAAUGUUGCAAUCCGUUUUACCUACAUUCUUCAGGACUGGCAGCAACAUUCUUGGCCACUGCAGCCUCCUGACUUUGACAACCUUCUUGGAGGCGAGGUGGGCGUGGAGGAGUUUGGGAAGCUUCCAUUUGGUGCAUGUGAAGAAACAAUCAGUGAGCUUCAUCUUUCAACCACUUGGCCUGACUUGACAGAAGGCACAGUUUUGGACAAUGAUGUCUACAGUGACCUUGACCCUCUCCAUGCGCCUCACUGGUCACUCCGGAUCAAGACAGUUGAACACCCUCAGUGUUUACUGGGUGACUUGCUGACAGACUUUUUCAAGUUACUGGGGAGAAAGGAGACUACAGAAGAGAUUCUUGGAAGAGGAUCUGUUGAGGAGGAGGGCAAAGGUACUAGUGACAUCAGUUCUGCUCUAUCAAAGCUGACAGAGCCCACUGCAUCAGUGCCGAUGUCCAAACUCUCUGUGUCAAAUAUGGUGCAUAAUGCUCGAAGGCACAUCAAACGGCACAGAGUUAUUGAUGACUGCCCACUUGGUGCAGAUGUACUUAAUUGCAUUCUUCAGUAUCUUUUUCCAGAUGCUGCUGUGGAUAAGACAGAAAAUAAAACUCCACAAACAAAUAGCUUUGGAAAGCAUGCAAAAGAUCAAAAUACUGAUGAUCUUUUUAUUCAGUUGAAGUCAGCACCAGUUCAAAGUCUGACCCAUCGGCUGGGACUAUGUAUGUGUCUAGUCAACUUGUACCAUGGUGGGCUGCGGGCUGUGGCCUACCUCUGGCAGGAGUUUGUACUUGAGUUGCGAUACCGCUGGGAAAACAGUUACCAAAUGUGUGGAUUGCAAGAAGCACCUGAUCUUCGCUGUUGUCUUCUACAUCAAAAGUUGCAGAUGUUGAAUUGCUGCAUCAAGAGGAAGCAAGCGAGGGAUUCCAUUCACAAGAGCCCUGAGAGAAGCAAUGAAACUGCCUUCCAAAACAUCCACCAAGUGACAGAAGUUACAGCAGCCAAUUCAUCCAGACAAAUAACUGCUGUUUCACCCGGGAAAUUCUUGGAUUCUUGGAGUGACAGUGAAGAAGAGUUUUUUGAAUGCUUGAGUGAUCAGUGGGACACUGAGUCGCCAUGCAUUAGAAGGGAAAAAGAUGGCAGUAAAACUAGAGCGGAGGGCAGGAUGCAUCCCUGUAACAACAUGACCCUUCUAAACUCUUCAGAUCUUCUCUUUAUUCCUGUGACACAGGAACCUGCUCCCAUGACUGAGGAUUUAUUAGAGGAGCAGUCAGAAAUACUUGCAAAACUGGGAACAUCAGCCGAAGGUGCCCAACUCCGUGCUCGGAUGCAAAGUGCUUGUCUUCUGUCUGACAUGGAGUCUUUUAAGGCAGCCAACCCAGGUUCUGUUCUUGAGGACUUUGUUCGUUGGUACUCUCCCAGGGAUUUUUUGGAGGAGAUCGUCAACGAGAACGGUCAAACAAUCUUGACAGGCAAGCUAAGUCCAAGGAUGAGAAUUCCAGGCAACAUAUGGGUAGAAACUUGGGAGAAUGCCAAGGCUAUACCUGCACAUCGCCAGAGAAGGCUUUUUGAUGAUACCAAAGAAGCAGAAAAGGUCUUGCAUUACUUGGAAGUGCAGAAACCUGCAGACCUGAGUCGCCAUCUCCUGCCAUGCAUAAUACAUGCUACAAUUUUGAAGUUGAAAGAGGAAGAGGCAUUUGAAAACAUACCAACUGUGAAAAAAAACAUCCAAAAAGCUACCAUUCAAGCGGGCAAGCUGCUGCAACAAUUCCAUCUCGCCGACAAUAAUUUAGAGGAUUGCAUUGACUCUUUGAUUGCCAUGGAAAUGAUCAUCGCCCAGUUUCGGUCUCUCAAGACAAAGUUUGGUAUUGCUGAGGCUGAGAAUGAAGACCAAAGAGAGAAACUAAGACUAUUUCUUAACUCUUUGCUAGAAGAGCCUGAAGUUGUGGUGAUUGGAGCUGGUCAGGGAAAGGUUGGUGGCAUCAUCCACAGGCUGUUUCAUAUUGCGAAAGAGACUGCCAUUCUGGAUAAAGAAUCUGAACAGAGAAAGGAAGAAGAAAGGAAGCUGACUGAAGGAGACAGCAAAAUUCGUGAUUUCCCUUCGCCAGCUGGCCGGGAAAUUUUGUUGCGUACAUGCAUCCCUCGACCAGCACCGUAUUCCAAGGCUCUUCCUCAACGGCUUUUUUGUGUAUUGACGAGAGAGGAAUUUAGACUUGUGGGGGCCUUCUCUUCUGACACAUCUUUCUUUUAAUUCUUCAAACUACAGCAUGGCAAUGCCAUUUUUAUGCAGUUAUUACCAAUGUACCUGAUAUUGCAUGUCAAUACCUGUUGCUAAAAAACACCCAAUGAUGUUUUCAGUUGCACAUAAAGAAAAUGAGCUGUUUGCAAUGAAAAUAGUGGGUACCUGCAACAUGCAUAAUUUUAUUCAUGGAUUGUAAACUCUCUCAAAGUGAAUUUUUUUCUAAAAGACUGUCUAGAUUCAUAUCAAUAUCGAAUGGGUUGGUUAUAUAAUUCUGCUCAUUCACAACUAAGAAUUACAUCAUGAAUCGCUUUGUAGAAA